UUGUGCAGUCCGUAGUAGUUUUUUAAAUAUUUUUAAGAUUGUGAUAAGUACUUACAUUUUGUGUUCUGAGACGUUCAAAUAAAUUGUUCAUAAGUGCUGUGCUUAAUAUAUUACCGUUGUUACAUAGUGCAUUCAUAAUUUUGAUUAAGUUAGUUUGCCCUGGGUUAUACCAUAGAAAUAACCAAGUUACUAACUAGUGAACGUCGAACGAGUACCAGAAAAGUGUCAGCCACGGAGCACUGCUAACUGGAUCAGGUGCUGGUCACAUGGAAUGUAGCUUGAUAUCAAUAUGAAUGGGGGAGUAAAUGGCAUAAUGGAGGAGUCAACGGAGUUGUCUCAUACCGACUCUCCUGAGAACUCACAUACUGACUCUCCUGACAACUCUCAAACGGAUAAGACCAAUAAUAAAGAUGACCCAUCAUUAAACAAACUGGCUCACAGCAACUCAGAAAGUGACAAUCAUAGAGAGAGUGGCAGUGAACCCAUAGAAAAGUCUGAUAACACAGUUGAAGUUGCAAGCAUUAAUGGUAUUGUGGACCACAAACCAGAUGAAUAUACUAACCAAACCUCAUUGGUAAAGGAGGAAGAUAUUGAUAAUACUGAAGAAACUCACUGUAGUACAAUAAGUAAUGAAUCAUGUUUAGGCUCAGUAGAUAGUCAAGUAAAAACAGAUUCUACUCAAGAAUGUCUAAGUGAAUUGGAUCCAUUAAAGAAUUGUAAUGAUGAUACCUGUGAUGAUAAAGGAAUUGAUUCCGAUGAUGAAACAUCUGAUGAAUCAGAAUCUUCGCAAAAUGAGGAAGGUCCUGAAGAAUCGGUCCAGCAAAAAGUUGAAGAAACAGUGGAAACAGUAAAUAUCAAGUCAGACUCAGAAAAUGAUGCUGAUGACUCCUCACAAGAAAGUACUAGUAAAAAUGUAGCACCAUUAAAAGAAUGGCCAGGUGGUCAUAAUCCAAAUUCUAAUGAACGUUCCAGUCCAGAUGUCCAGGUAAUCCUUAGUGAUAAUGAAAACUCUGUGAUAGAAGUUGAUAGUGAACCUAAACCUGUUAAGGAAGAUAAACCUCCAUUACGAAGAAGUAGUAGGGCUAUUAAACGAAAAAGGUAUGAUGUUGAUAUAGAAAAUGGAGACAAUGAGUCAGAUGUUGAAGAAGUCGCCAUGCAUGAUGUAAAACGCAGAUCAAAACCGAUCGUCAUUAAUAAUACUAAAACUUUAGUUGAGAUGGCAUCAAAACAAAUGAGAUCAGGCACUCACAAAAAAGAAAACACAGUAGUAAUCCUAGAUACAAAUCGUGAAUUUUCCCAUAGGGCACCGAUGAUGCGGAAAAACCCAAUGGCUUUAAAUAAUUCCUCUUUGAGUGCACAAAAUCUUUACCAGAGUAUUCUUGCCCGUGGCACUACUGUAACACCGGUAAGCAAUAAAAUUCCUGCACCAACAACACACAGUUCUAGUAGUAACGCUCAACCUAACAUACUGCCAUCCCUAACAGAUGACAUGUUCGUUGUUGAAGCACCAUCUUUUAUUGUACCUUAUGUUUAUGAAAAGCCAUCAGUGAAACCAUUUAGAGAAUUUGUUGAUGAGCUUGGGAAAGAAUUAGACGCGCAGAAAGCAAAAGAGGAGGAGUUACAGAAAGCAAAAGAAGAUGAGUUAAAGAAAGCAAAAGACAUUGAAGAUAAAGAAAAAGCUGUUAAGGAAACCCCAGAUGAUGAAAUUAAAGAAUCAAAUAAGACAAGUGGAGAGGCUGAGAAUGACAAAACAGACACUGAAAAAGCUGAAAAAGAAAUUGCCAAAAUCUCUAAAACCGAACAAAAUGCUGAAGAAGAUUCGAAAAAGAAAAAGGAAGUAAGAAAAGAACGCCGUCGACGUAAACGGGAUGAUGACGAUGAUGCGUCUUGGGAUGGUGAAUCUUCAUCUUCUUCAGAUGAUGACAUAUGUAGUGACGAAGAGGAUGCUAUCGUUAUAAAAGAAAAAGCAGACUCUAUUGAGGAGAUAAAGGAUGUUACUGAUUUGACAAUAGAAAAGAUAGUCACUGGAAAGUCUGAUAAUUACUUUGAUAUGUCACUGGGAAAGUUCUUCAUGGAUAUUGGUCUAAAUUUUGUUCAAGAAUAUGUACAAAAUGAUCUAUUGAAACAACAAAACAGAAAACUUUAUAGGGAAAAGAAAGGAGGGCAUAGUACAAAAUCUACGGAGACAUCAAUUGUUGCACUGACGAAAAAUUUAGAAAUAAGUAAAGAAAAUAAUGCGCCGUAUAGGUUUAAACAAAUUAAAUGUGAAUUUUGCAGUUUUAAAUCCGAGUCGUUAUUGGCGAUGUCCCAUCACCUGGAGACUCCGCACAUGAAGAAUAAUGUAUAUAAAUGUAACUUUUGCGAGUAUGACAGUAAAAGUCCUCACGAUAUUUUGUAUCACAUGGAAGCUGAGCAUAAUACUCGUGGAAGAUUGGAAAGGGCGCCGGCGUACCACCAAUGUGCUAACUGUCCGUUCGAAGACAAUGGAAAAGGAAAGCUUGCACGUCAUCUUAUCGCGUGUGCUAAGAAGUUUAAGCCUGAGUUCAAUUUAUCGCCACCAAUAGAAUGGGAACCGCCUGCAAAAAUACCAAAGAUGGCAAGAGCUCGCAAUCAAAUGUUAGGUUCAUAUCAAAGUAUGUUCAAUAAGGGUCCAAAUAUUAGCAACAAUUUCGGAAGGCCAGUUAUGAACAACUUGGGAUCUUGUUCUACUUAUCGACCGAGGGGGCGCUCCCCAAUGGGCGUUCCAACUCGAUUGACGCCAGUACAAGGCAUACCAAUUAUUCGUAGUGGCAUGAUGGGAAGGAAUCAUCCUGCACAACAAACUUCUUCCAACUUCUCUGGGAAUAACGAGAAAAAUAUGGCAGCGCCUAAGUCAAUGUACCAGCCGUCGAUUUCCAUCACACCAUUGCCAAGACAGCCUCCCCCACUUCAACAGCCCCCUCCUCCGACUCAAAACCAGCAGAACAAGAGCUCUUGCGUUAUUUGCGAGAUAUGUGAUGGAUACAUAAAGGACUUGGAACAGCUUAGAAACCACAUGCAAUGGAUACACAAAGUCAAAAUUCACCCUAAAAUGAUAUACAACAGGCCUCCGCUGAAUUGCCAAAAGUGCCAGUUUAGGUUCUUUACAGACCAGGGCUUAGAAAGGCAUCUAUUGGGAACCCACGGUUUGGUCACGAGCUCCAUGCAAGAAGCGGCAAACAAGGGUAAAGACGCCGGCCGGUGUCCUGUAUGUGGCAGGGUAUAUCAAUGGAAGCUCCUCAAUCACGUAACGAGAGACCACAAGCUCACACUGAAGCCCGCUCACCUCUCCUACAAGUGCACGGUUUGCACUGCUACAUUCGGGAUGUACAAGCAAUUUGAGAACCACGUGUACUCUGCGCACAGCGUCGUCGCUAAACGCGUGAUGGACAAAGGCAAGACGCCUACGGCACCUGUAAAGGCUGGGCAGUCGUUACUCAAACCGCUUAAGAUAAAUGACGAAAUUACAAUUAUACCACAGCCUGCGAAGGCUGCCGCUGAAAAAUAAAUGUGUGCAGUGCUUCGAUUGGUUCUAAGCCGUGAGCUUGCCAAUAUCUUGGUCAUACAUUACUUAUGGUUAACGGGCAUCACGGGGCCUUGUCAACAAAUAGUGUACAUUCCAAUUUGUUAUAUAGUGUACACCAAAAUUAAUAUAUAAGAUAUACAUCCAUGUAUGUUGAAACUACUAUGGCAAAUAGUAUACCUUGUAUGAAUACGGAUACCGAGUCUUUUCGGAAUUAUGUUGGACAAUUUUGUGUCCCUUGUAUUUAUGUAACAAUUUGUGAUAUUAAGGUAGGCAGAGAAAGUAGAAAACGGAAAUGUCACGUUUCUUACACGCUUAUUUCUGCCGCUAAGCCGCAAUAUUGCAAUGCUCUGCUGCGUUAUAAAGGGCGUUAUUGCCAGUGUGAACUGGCACAUUAGGCUUAAAACACCUACGAAUCAGUUUAAUGGAAGCAGGAUGGCACGUUGCAGGACGUCUUCCUUGCACGC